AUGAUGAUCUCCAGAUUUUUGUCCAAAAUAUUAAUUGUUUCUUGUCUAAUUGGUGUACUGGGAGUUGCUGAUGCUAGUUCUUCUAUGUAUGCCAGGCGGAGAACCGCCAGCGAAAGACUUAUGUCUAUAAUUCGACCUAGAAUGUUUCAAAACCCGGAGUUUAGAUCAAGUCAGAAAAUUCAAAAAUCAAUUCAACUGAACCCAAAUCGAGCCCUUCCUUGCUGUAAGGAUGAAUCUGGUGGUUCAAUUUGCAAAAAUCUACGCAGAACUGACAUUAAACUUUUCACUCAGAAAUGUCAAACUGAACCUGACUUUUCCCUUGUUGUAUGUUGCAGUUCUUGCAGUGACGCUGGAAUUUCUUACAGAAAAAGAGCUCAGAAUUUCUUUGUUGGAGCAGCCAAUGCCACCAACUGCUUUGACCGCAUGAGUCCUGCUUACUGUAGCCGAUUUGAAACCGGAGACGAUGCAUGGAACAAUAGACGGUGGUCCUGUGACACUUCUCACUUUAGACUUGGAUUCAGAGUGUGUAGAUCAACUUGUGGAUUUUGCGAUCUUGACUGGAAUAAUGCUCCAGAACAAUUGAAAUGUCUUUAACAAAAAAACAUAAUUUUAUUUUU